AUGUUCGCACAACUUUUUCUUUUGUCGCUAUUUCAACUUAUUGCUUCACAAGUGGCAUAUACCGCACAAUACAACGAUUACAAUCCAUUACUGGAAAAGAAUUCUGAUCGAACGCUCAAUAUCCUAGCAUUUCCAUGCAAUCAAUUUUAUUUGCAAGAACCAGCUGAAAAUCAUGAAUUAUUGAAUGGUUUGAAAUAUGUUAGACCAGGAAAUGGCUGGGAACCGCACAAAAAUUUGCAUAUUUUUGGUAAACUUGAUGUCAACGGUGAAAAUCAGCAUGCACUUUACAAAUUUUUGAAGGAUAAUUGCCCGCCAACGGUGCCAAUAAUUGGAAAGCGUCAUGAAUUGAUGUACAAUCCGAUCGGUACAAAUGAUGUCACCUGGAAUUUUGAAAAAUUCUUGAUUGAUAAAAAAGGUCAUCCACGUUAUCGCUUCCAUCCAGAAACUUGGAUUCAAGGAACUGCUGUACAGCCGUACAUCGAUGAAUUGGAGCGUGAAGUGUAA